AUGACAGUCGCGCUAAAUCAGUAUCUCAUCGGGUCUCUGAGCCUCAAUCUACCAGUCGGCCCAGCACCCCAGGGCAGCCUAAGAAUCUUUGAGGGUCCUCAAGAAUUCCUGUCAAGGACCCCUCUGCAGCCCAUUCCAUCAAGUCCCCCGCCACAGAUUCCCCCUGGCCUGAGGCCUCGGUUCUGUGCCUUUGGAGGCAGCCCACCAGUCACAGGGCCUGGGUCAGUGUUGGCACUAAAGUCACCCGCCUCAGGGAAGAAGAAAAAGAAGAGACAGAUGCCAGAGGCUUCAGUCACUCAGGAGGCAGUAAAUGGGUACAGGGCCCUGGAGAUAGAUACAGCUUUGGAGUCCCCAGAAACAGAUGUAGGGAAGAAGAAAAAGCAGCAGCUAAAAGAACCAGAGGUGACAGAGCCCACAGCUGAGAUGUCAGAACCUCCAGGAAUGCUGUUACCAACCACCACCAAGAAAAGGAAGAAGGCCAAAGGGGCAAAAACAGUCAAGCCAGAAGUGGGGAUGCCGGAGCCAGAAGAAAAGACGGUGAAGCUGGAACUCGUGGUUAAAACCGAGCCUCUGGAAGAGACAGUCCAAUCCCCCACCAAGAAGAGAAAGAAACAAAAGGGGACAGAGGGGAUGGAGCAGGUGGAGGGGAUGAUAGUUGAGUCACAGCUGCAGGUGAAGGUUGAGCCACAGGAGGAAGCCAUCCCACUGCCCCCCAUGAAGAAGAAGAAAAAAGAAAAGUGGCAAAAUGUGAUGACCGAGCCAGGGACUGAGGCGCUGGAGCCAAAGGCGAGUCCUCUGGAGCUUCAUGGAGACCUGAAGCAUGAACUGCCAGAUGAAGUUGAGCCUCAGGCUGAGACAGCUCUGGCAUCCACCAAGAAGAAAAGGAAGAAAGAAAAGUGGCAAAAUGCCAUGGUGGAGCCAGGGACAGAGGUGCUAGAGCCUGAGCUGUCGGCAUCGACCAAGAAGAAGAAAGAGAGAGGACACAAAGUGACAGAGCCAGGGACUGGGAUGACUGACCCACCAAGGGAGACAGUGGAGCUUGAGGUCAAGGCAGCUCCAGCAUCCACCAAGAAGAGGAAAAAGCAGGACUGGGAAAGCUGGGUGCCAGAGACAGCACCCCAAAAGGAGAUGCCAGAGCUGCUGCUGAAUCCAGAGUCUGGGGAGGUGGCUCCUAUGGAAGGACGGGAGAAGAAGCGGAAGAAGCUGCAGCAGGACCCUGCGUAGUCUCCCUGGAGAAAACUGAGGGAAGCUGAUGGUGGCUACUGGGGGCCAUCAGAAGGUGAGAGCACAAGAACCCCUCCCCAGCGAUUGCACCAGCAAACCCAGCAGGAGCCUGGACUGCAAAAAUGCUUUAUUAUUACACGGGGGCCUCCUUGGCAGCGGAGGUCAUCGGGGCACUUUCAAGAAGGGCUCAUGUAGGACAUCAAACAGCCUCCGGGCCUGGGACAGAGAGAGAAAGAAAUGAGGAGCCAGUCAUUAAACGAGCCUUGUGUUUGGUACA